AUGCCGAGUCGCUCAGAAAUCGCUUAUUUCGGCGCGGGACCUGCUCCUCUCCCAACAGCCGCCUUGGAGAAGAGUGCUGAAGCCUUGGUCAAUUUCGAAGACAGUGGUCUGUCAUUGGCGGAGAUCUCUCAUCGCUCGCCAACAGCAAACAAAAUCCUUGCCGAUGCUAAAGAUGCCCUGGCAACGCUUUACGACAUCCCGACGGACGAAUAUGAUGUCCUUUUCUUGCACGGAGGGGGAACAGGCGAGUUCAGUGCCACUGUCCAGAACUUGGUGGGGGCCUGGAUUGAAAAGCGGCGGAGAAAGGCCGUCGCUGAACUGGGAGAGGGAAAGGAUGCAGAAGUUCUGGACCGAGUCAGACGCGAGAUCGAGGCUGAGCUAAAGGUCGAUUACCUUGUCACCGGAUCCUGGUCGCUCAAGGCCAGCCAGGAAGCUACGAGGCUCCUGAGCGCCAAAUAUGUCAAUGUCGCUGCGGACUCGAGGAAGAGCAACAACGGCAAAUUUGGUAAGAUCCCAGACGAGAAAGAGUGGAAAUUAACUCCGAAGGGAACCGCUUUCACCUACUAUUGUGACAACGAGACGGUCGACGGUGUCGAGUUUCCGGGCUUCCCCAAAUCUCUGGAAAGCACGGGCGGCAGCGAAGACGAUGAGAGGAUAGUGGUGGCUGAUAUGUCGAGCAAUUUUCUGAGCCGGAAGAUCGACGUCAGGAAGUUUGGCGUGAUUUUUGGCGGUGCACAAAAGAAUCUCGGCAUUACUGGAAUCACGGUCAUCAUCAUUCGAAAGUCCCUUCUCAACCUGGUUCCCCCGCCCACAUUUUUGCACGCAUUGUCUCCUGUGAUCCCGUUGUCAGGGGCGAUUCCUCCGAUAGUAUUCUCUUUCUCUACCAUUGCCGCGAACAACAGUCUUUACAACACUCUACCAAUCUUCAACCUCUACGUCGCCACUCUUGUGCUCCAGUCGCUUGUCUCGACCUGGGGCUCUCAGAAGGUCUCUGGGCAGGAAGCGAUUGCCGACAAGAAAGCUGCACUCAUCUAUGGCGCACUUGAUGCUUUUCCAGAUACCUACCAUGUUGUGCCGAAUAAGAGUGUGCGGAGCCGAAUGAAUAUAUGCUUCCGGAUCAUCUCUGGAGCCCAGACCAAUAAUGAGGCGGUGCCGGACGACGGCCGGGAAAAGGCUUUUCUUGCGGGAGCAGAGAAGCGAGGACUGCUUGGGCUGAAAGGACACCGCUCUGUUGGUGGAAUUAGGGCGAGCAAUUACAACGCCGUGUCGGAGGAAAAUGCUCAGAAGCUGGCCGGUUACCUGGUUGAGUUUGCAAAGGCAUGA